AUGGAAUCGAUUUCAAAGACUUCUUACUGGUUGCUUACCCUCGUUAUCUAUCUGUGCGUUGCUGCAAAUGGGUUUAUCGAUAAUAUGCGAUCUGUGACAUAUCCGGAUAUUAUGCAGGAACUGCAUCUGGACCACGUACACUAUGGUAUGUUACAGAGUUUGGGUCAAUUCUCCUAUCUAAUAUGGGCACUUUUGGCUGCCUUCUCUAUGCCUCAUAUUGGUUUUAAGGCUACGUUCUCUAUCUCUCUUGUAAUUACGAUUAUUGGAAGCUUCCUCACCAUCUUUACCUCGAAUUUCUGGCUGCUGAUGUUUAUUCAGUUGUUGGCGACUUGCAGUAACGGUGUUCUGGACGAUGGUCCUUCCUCGUUAGCUGUGUUCUUGUUUACAAAGCACCCGGCAGUGAUGUUCUGCAUUAUGUCUGGUAUUUACGGAUUCGGAGCGUUUGUCGCUCCUAUAUUUGCGUCCUUUAUUCUGAAAUACAUCAAGGAAAGUAACUACAAGCAAAUCUAUUUGUGGAUGAAUAUUCCCUUGGCCAUGGUUCUCAUCUUUAUGCUCUGCGUUCCCUUCGCAGUCAAAAAGCCAAAAACCAAUCCCGAAGAGAAGAAAUCUGUGCUCCACUACUUGCGUUCUCCUCUCAUUUGGUAUUGUGCGAUCUUGCUCAACUUCUUGGCCACUGCAGAGCGAGGAACGCUUAGCUGGGGCACGUUGUACGUUGAGGAAGUGUUACAUUUGGAUCCCGAGGUGGGUGCGAGACUCAGCUCUCAAUUUUAUUUCAUUUUCAUGUGUGCUCGUAUGGUUGGAGGCUUCGUCGCCGAUUGGAUAGGCCCCUUCUUGAUGGAGUACAUCAUCAUUCCGCUCGGCAUUGUGGUGUACGUAGUCGGAUUCCUGCUGGGUAAAAACGGACUGUACGUUCUCCCGUUUACUGGACUCUUCGUGUCGCUCUACUGGCCGACCAUGGUGAUUUGCUGUCGACGCUACUGGAAGGAUGAGGUCUCAAUUCCUAUCUCGUGUAUGCUUCCCUUGCAAAGUGUGGCCGGAAUGAUUAUUCAGUACUCUCUCGGAUACAUGAACGAUAAGUGGGGACCGCAUGAUCGGGUAUUUGAUGUUCAUUGGCUUUGA